CCAUGCGGAGGACCGUGUCGGAGAUCCGGUCCCGCGCCGAGGGUUAUGAGAAGACGGAUGAUGUUUCGGAGAAGACAUCACUGGCUGACCAGGAGGAAAUAAGGACUAUAUUCAUCAACCAGCCCCAGCUGACAAAAUUCUGCAAUAACCAUGUCAGCACUGCAAAAUACAACAUAAUCACAUUCCUUCCAAGAUUUCUCUACUCUCAGUUCAGAAGAGCCGCUAAUUCAUUUUUUCUCUUUAUUGCACUGCUCCAGCAAAUACCUGAUGUAUCACCAACAGGUCGCUAUACAACACUGGUUCCUCUCUUAUUUAUUUUGGCUGUGGCAGCUAUCAAAGAGAUAAUAGAAGAUAUUAAACGACAUAAAGCUGAUAAUGCGGUGAACAAGAAGCAGACGCAAGUUUUGAGAAAUGGUGCUUGGGAAAUUGUGCACUGGGAAAAGGUGGCAGUAGGGGAGAUAGUGAAAGUGACCAAUGGGGAGCAUCUCCCAGCAGAUCUCAUCAGCCUGUCCUCAAGUGAGCCCCAGGCCAUGUGCUACAUUGAAACAUCCAACUUAGAUGGUGAAACAAACCUGAAAAUUAGACAGGGCUUACCAGCAACAUCAGAUAUAAAAGACAUUGACAGUUUGAUGAGACUCUCUGGCAGAAUUGAGUGUGAAAGUCCAAACAGACAUCUCUAUGAUUUUGUUGGAAACAUCAGGCUUGAUGGACACAGCACUGUUCCCCUGGGAGCAGACCAGAUUCUUCUGCGAGGUGCUCAAUUGAGAAAUACACAGUGGGUUCAUGGAAUAGUUGUCUACACUGGACAUGACACCAAGCUAAUGCAGAAUUCAACAAGUCCACCACUUAAACUCUCAAAUGUCGAAAGGAUUACAAAUGUACAAAUUUUGAUUUUAUUUUGUAUCUUGAUUGCCAUGUCUCUUGUCUGUUCUGUGGGCUCAGCCAUUUGGAAUCGAAGGCAUUCUGGAAAGGACUGGUAUCUCAAUCUAAACUAUGGUGGUGCUAAUAAUUUUGGACUGAAUUUCUUGACCUUCAUCAUUCUUUUCAAUAACCUCAUUCCUAUCAGCUUGCUGGUGACAUUAGAAGUGGUGAAAUUUACCCAGGCAUACUUCAUAAAUUGGGAUCUUGACAUGCGCUAUGAACCCACCGACACUGCUGCUAUGGCUCGAACGUCUAAUCUGAAUGAGGAACUUGGCCAGGUAAAAUAUAUAUUUUCUGACAAAACUGGUACUUUGACGUGCAAUGUAAUGCAGUUUAAGAAGUGCACCAUAGCCGGAGUGGCUUAUGGCCAUGUCCCUGAACCUGAGGAUUAUGGCUGCUCUCCUGAUGAAUGGCAGAACUCACAGUUUGGAGAUGAAAAAACAUUUAGUGAUUCAUCAUUGCUGGAAAACCUCCAAAAUAAUCAUCCCACUGCACCAAUAAUAUGUGAAUUUCUUACAAUGAUGGCCGUGUGUCACACAGCAGUACCAGAGCGGGAAGGUGAUAAGAUUAUUUACCAGGCAGCAUCUCCAGAUGAGGGAGCCUUGGUCAGAGCAGCCAAGCACCUGAAUUUUGUUUUCACUGGAAGAACGCCUGACUCAGUGAUUAUAGAUUCACUGGGGCAGGAAGAAAGAUAUGAAUUGCUCAAUGUCUUGGAGUUUACCAGCGCUAGAAAAAGAAUGUCAGUGAUCGUUCGCACUCCAUCCGGGAAGUUACGACUUUACUGCAAAGGAGCUGACACUGUAAUUUAUGACCGACUGGCAGAAACUUCAAAAUACAAAGAAAUUACCCUAAAACAUUUGGAGCAGUUUGCUACAGAAGGGUUAAGAACCUUGUGUUUUGCCGUGGCUGAGAUUUCAGAGAGCGACUUUCAGGAGUGGCGAGCCGUCUAUCAGCGUGCAUCCACAUCUGUGCAGAACAGGCUGCUCAAACUCGAAGAGAGCUACGAGUUAAUCGAAAAGAAUCUUCAACUACUGGGAGCUACAGCCAUUGAGGAUAAAUUACAAGAUCAAGUGCCUGAAACCAUAGAAACUCUAAUGAAAGCAGACAUCAAAAUCUGGAUCCUUACAGGAGACAAGCAGGAAACUGCCAUUAACAUUGGACACUCCUGCAAACUUCUGAGGAAGAACAUGGGAAUGAUUGUUAUAAAUGAAGGUUCUCUUGAUGGAACACGGGAAACUCUCAGUCGUCACUGCACUACCCUGGGUGAUGCUCUUCGGAAGGAGAAUGACUUUGCUCUUAUAAUUGACGGGAAAACCCUCAAAUAUGCCUUAACUUUUGGAGUAAGGCAGUAUUUCCUGGACUUAGCUUUGUCGUGCAAAGCUGUUAUUUGCUGCAGGGUUUCUCCUCUUCAAAAAUCUGAAGUUGUUGAGAUGGUUAAGAAACAAGUUAAAGUCAUAACACUUGCCAUUGGUGAUGGAGCAAAUGACGUCAGUAUGAUACAGACAGCACAUGUUGGAGUAGGAAUAAGUGGCAAUGAAGGCCUUCAGGCAGCUAAUUCUUCUGACUACUCUAUAGCUCAGUUCAAAUAUUUGAAGAAUUUGUUGAUGGUUCAUGGUGCCUGGAACUAUAACAGAGUCUCCAAGUGUAUCUUAUACUGCUUCUACAAGAAUAUAGUCCUCUAUAUUAUCGAGAUCUGGUUUGCCUUCGUGAAUGGCUUUUCUGGACAGAUCCUCUUUGAGAGAUGGUGCAUAGGUCUUUAUAAUGUGAUGUUUACAGCAAUGCCUCCCUUAACUCUGGGAAUAUUUGAGAGAUCAUGCAGAAAGGAGAAUAUGUUGAAGUAUCCUGAAUUAUACAAAACAUCUCAGAAUGCCCUGGACUUCAACACCAAGGUUUUCUGGGUUCAUUGUUUAAAUGGCCUCUUCCACUCAGUUAUUCUGUUUUGGUUUCCACUAAAAGCCCUUCAAUAUGGCACUGUAUUUGAAAACGGGAAGACUUCUGAUUACCUGCUGUUGGGAAACUUUGUUUACACAUUUGUGGUGAUAACUGUGUGCUUGAAAGCUGGAUUGGAGACAUCAUAUUGGACCUGGUUCAGCCACAUAGCCAUCUGGGGCAGCAUCGCACUCUGGGUGGUGUUUUUUGGAAUCUACUCAUCUUUGUGGCCUGCUGUUCCGAUGGCCCCUGAUAUGUCAGGAGAGGCAGCCAUGUUGUUCAGUUCUGGAGUCUUUUGGACGGGCCUGUUAUUUAUCCCUGUGGCCUCCUUGCUCCUUGAUGUGGUGUAUAAGGUUAUCAAGAGGACCGCAUUUAAAACAUUAGUAGAUGAAGUUCAGGAGCUGGAGGCAAAAUCUCAAGACCCAGGAGCAGUUGUGCUUGGAAAAAGCCUCACAGAGAGGGCGCAACUGCUCAAGAACGUCUUUAAGAAGAACCACGUGAACUUGUACCGGUCAGAAUCACUGCAACAAAACCUGCUCCAUGGGUAUGCCUUCUCUCAAGAUGAAAAUGGAAUCGUCUCACAGUCUGAAGUGAUUAGAGCAUAUGAUACCACAAAGCAGAGACCUGAUGAGUGGUGACGGGUUGAGGGGCUGCAAGGCCAGCUCAGCUACAUCUCUAAGGGGAGUCCCAGGUCUUCACCAGAAUCUGCUGACCAAUGCCAGUCUGGUCCAAGGAGGGGAAAUGGAUCUGAGCUCAUCUCAUUGACUGACAUUCAGAUUCAUGUAUAUUAUAGACGGAAGCACUGUGCAGCUAUACUGUAACACCAUCUCUUCCAGAUUUUCUAAAGUAUUUGCUAAGUCUUUGUAAACAGACAUUGAAAAUGACCUUGCAUCUUGCCAGAGUGUUUUUUCCAGCUGAGAAAAGGUCAGUAUUCUUUUGCUGUUUCUCUGGAGCUGUAACUAUCAGUGUCUUGGAUACACCACAAGGCUAUUCACCAUUAAAAAUCUGUAAAAUGGUAGUAAAUUAGAGGGACUCUUGAUAUCCAAAUUUAGAUUUCAGAACAUGUUGGGGGGCAGGGGGAAAAACAGCCUUCUUAAGGAAGCAACUUACUGAGCAAAAUUUCUAAACAAGACAUUAAUAAUAAGUGUUUGUGUCAAAAAUUGGCUUGAUAAAUGUCUGCCAAAGAAGUCCA